AUGCCUCCUCUGCCUUCUGUUUAUCUUCUGCCUUCCGCCUCUCUCUCUCUCUUCCGCCAUGGCUCUGCUUCCUCCAUCUCCCUCCCUCAUCUUCUAGCACCACAACUUAUCCACUUCUCCACGCUCCUCCUCGCUGCCAAUUCCCAAAACCCAGAACCCAUCACCACCACCAGCUUCACCUACAAUGGCUUCCACAAAGCCAAUCUGCUCAUCGACAGCCAGGCCAAAAUUCUCUCCGACGGCCUGCUCAAGCUCACCAACCACACCCAGCUCGUCACCGGCCACGCCUUCCACCACCAGACCUUCAAAUUCAACCCCAAUUCCUCCACCGAUUCACUCUCCUUCUCCACCACCUUCGUCUUCGCCAUGGUCCCAGAAUCUCCAUCGACGGGCGGCCACGGCAUCGCCUUCGUCAUCUCCCCACCACUGACUUCACCCACGCCGUCGCCAGCCAGCACCUGGGUCUCUUCAAUUCCACCAACAUGGGCAGCGAAUCGAACCACGUCGUCGCCUUCACGAGGCAAACCUGGGUGUGCGCCAGGGUCAGGACGAAGCUCGAUAGGUAAUUAG